GAGCGUGAGCGAGUAGUGGCCAGAUUAAUUAAGUUCCACUAGUGCGCGUUCAGUGUGUCGCCAGAGCUAGACUACUAAGGACGUUUCUGUGAAUUUGGUGUAGUGAUAAGUGGUGUGUUGUUGAGAACCAGUUAAAGUGAAGCACGUUGUCGUACGUACAGCUCAAAGGGGUUCAAUUGAUUGCAAUUUGUGCAUUUUAAGAUGGCAGCAGUUACGGAAGCCGGUGGAAUCAAGCUGGGCAAGCUGUUGAUUGAGGGUAAGACCAAGCAGGUCUACGACGUACCGUCAAUGCCCGGUCACUCGAUCUUGUUGAACAAAGAUCGAAUCACGGCGCACAAUGGCGUUCGGUCGGAUAACCUCGAAGGAAAGGCCAAGAUUUCCAACCAGACGAACGCCAAAGUGUUCGGGCUUUUGAACCAGGUGGGCCUGAAGACGGCUUUCGUCCGGAUGGUGUCGGACGAUGCAUUCUUGGCACGCAAGUGCGAGAUGGUUCCUAUCGAGUGGGUUACCAGGCGGCUGGCAACCGGUUCGUACCUAAAGAGGAACCCAGGAGUGAAGGAAGGGUUCCGGUUUUCGCCACCAAAGCAGGAGGCUUUCUACAAGGACGAUGCCAACGAUGACCCCCAGUGGAGCGAGGAGCAAAUUGUGUCUGCCGGGUUCAAGGUCAAUGGAGUUCUGAUCGGCCAAGACGAGGUGGACAUCAUGCGCCAAACAACCAUCGCCGUGUUCGAGGUGCUGGAGCGAAGCUGGGCCUCCCGUGAUUGCGCCCUGAUCGACAUGAAGAUCGAAUUCGGCGUGGACGCCGACGGCCAACUGUUGGUAGCGGACGUCAUCGAUUCCGACUCGUGGCGGCUGUGGCCAUCGGGCGACAAACGGCUUAUGGUGGACAAGCAGGUGUAUCGCAACCUGGCCAAGGUAACGGCGUCCGAUCUGGACACCGUCAAGCGAAACUUCCUCUGGGUCAGCGAUCAGUUGGACAAGAUGGUCCCGAAGAGCGACCAUCUGGUGGUGGUGCUGAUGGGUAGCCCCUCGGACAAGGAUCACUGCGAGAAGAUUGCCAAGCACUGCCGCGAUCUGGGAUUGAAUGUGGAACUGCGCGUGACCUCGGCGCACAAGGGAACCAACACGACGCUCCACAUCGUGAGCGAGUACGAAAGCGUGCUGAGCAAUCUGGUGUUCAUCACCGUCGCCGGUCGCUCCAACGGAUUGGGACCGGUGCUGUCCGGCAACACCAACUAUCCGGUCAUCAAUUGCCCACCAGUGAAGCCGGAGAACGUAAACCUUGAUGUGUGGUCCAGCUUGAACCUGCCGUCAGGACUUGGAUGUGCAACCUUAUUGUACCCUGAAGCAGCGGCCUUGAAUGCGGCACAGAUUUUGGGCUUGAACAACUUUUUGAUCUGGUCCAAGUUGCGCGUUAAACAGCUGACCAACUUUGCUAGUCUGAUCUACGCCGACAAAAGCUUGCGUGGUGUUCGCAGCGAAUGAAGAAGUUAUGACUUCCCCUAGGAUGUACGUUUAGAAUUGUUAAGAAUCAAAGCCAUUUUAUCUUUUCGUUUACUAAUACAGAAUACAAUAAAGCAUGUUUUACGGUAAA